AUGUCUUCACGUCAACAGCCGCCAUGGCGGCAACCGUCCAGCCCGGACGCGCAACUGCCUGCUUUGAAGGUGUGGAACUCGUUGACAAAGUCCAAGACGCCCUUUGUCCCGAUCGAUCCCGCCGGCAAGAAGGUCCUGUGGUACGCGUGUGGCCCGACUGUUUACGACGAUGCGCAUUUGGGACACGCCCGCAACUAUGUUAGCACCGAUAUCAUCCGCCGAAUUAUGCGCGACUACUUCAAGUUCGAUGUCAACUUUGUUAUGAACAUUACGGACGUCGACGACAAGAUCAUUCUCCGCGCCAGACAACAACACCUGUUCAACGAAUUCGUUGCCGCUAGCCCUACAAUUACCCCGGAGGUUCUCGAUAUCGCCAAGAGUGCCUUCACUGCCUACUUGAAGAAGAACCUGCCCUUGCUCGAUUCCGCACUUCCUCCGUCGCAAUACAAGGUAGAGGUGGAAAAGACAUACAAGACUAUUCUGAACGGUGGAGCUCUGCCCGGGAAUGAAAAGGCUGGCGAUGACGAGGCUAAGGUCAAAAUGCACAUCAAGACAGCUGCAUCCGCAGCAAGUGUCAUCGUGCAGGCUGAGACCCGCGAUGACAAGAGCGCCGACCCUGCUCUGUUUGCUGAGUUGUUCUACACGGAUGCGCAAGACCUUAUUCUUCCUUAUCUUGAUGCGCUGAAGGGCGCAUCCGUUGAUGCCAACGACCACAGCAUCUUCACCAAGCUUACUAAGAGAUAUGAGGAGCGGUUCCUCAACGAUAUGCGGGAUCUGAAUGUUCUUGAUCCCACUGAGUUAACUCGCGUGACGGAAUACGGUGACGAGAUUGCGGCUUUCGUGGACCGCAUUGUUAAGAACAAGUUUGGAUAUGCCACAAAAGAUGGAUCGGUUUACUUUGACAUCAACGCUUUCGAGGCCGCCGGCCACCCGUAUGCUCGCCUUGAGCCGUGGAGUCGGUCUGACAACAAGUUGGCUGCAGAAGGUGAAGGCUCGCUGGCCAGCAAAACGACAGAGAAGCGCGGUGCUUCUGAUUUCGCUCUUUGGAAGUCCUCCAAGCCUGGUGAGCCGGCGUGGUCUAGUGUCUGGGGCAAGGGUCGCCCUGGAUGGCACAUUGAGUGCUCGGCCAUGGCUUCUGCCAGGCUAGGCAACCAGAUGGAUAUUCACUCCGGAGGCAUUGAUCUUGCUUUCCCGCAUCACGACAAUGAGCUUGCUCAGAGCGAGGCCUACUGGCAUGAUGACCACAAGCAUGACCAGUGGGUCAACUACUUCCUGCACAUGGGACAUCUGUCCAUCCAAGGAUCUAAGAUGUCCAAGUCGCUGAAGAACUUUACCACCAUUCGGGAAGCGCUUGACCGAAAGGACUGGACCCCGAGAAGUCUGCGCAUUGUGUUCCUUCUGGGUGGCUGGAAGGACGGUGUUGAGAUCACAGAUGAGCUGGUCAACACCAGCAGCUCAUGGGAGGAUAAGGUGAACAACUUCUUCCUCAAGGUCAAGAACCCUUCAACCGCCCAGUCGUCUGGCACCGAUACCACCUUUGCCGCUGAUUUGGCAGCGGCCAAGAAGGCUGUCGAUGAGCAGCUUUGCGACUCCUUCAACACUCCAGGUGUCAUGCAAACCAUCUCGGAGCUCAUCACCAAGUUCAACGUCGUCGACAAGGCCACCUUGAACCCGAAGGAUGCCGAGGAUGCUGCACGAUGGGUCACCUCUAUUGUCAACAUCUUUGGUCUUAACGGUACCGCGUCGGCUGACAAUGCUGAACUUGGCUGGUCUGGUAUCGAUGUUCCCGAGGAGGCCAAGCCUUACCUGUAUCCCCUCUCGGCUAUUCGUGACACUCUGCGACAAGCUGCGCGGUCAAAGGCUGGCAUCUCGGCCAAGGAUGUCGAAGACGCCGUUGCCCGUGCCCCGGCUCCGCAAGAGGCCUCCGAGUCUGCCAAGCCUUACGCGGAGCUUUACUCCAACUUCCGCAACAAGGUUGUGUCCUUGGAGUCAUCUGAUUCAAUUGGCAAGGAUAUCCUGUCCCUGUGCGACCGGGUGCGUGACAUUGACCUCUUCGAUGUUGGCGUUUACCUCGAGGAUCGGGACAAUCAACCUGCUCUUGUCCGACCGGUUACCCAGGAGAUGCUCAAGGCACGCGAGGAGAAGGAAACACGUGCUCGCCAAAAACAGGAGGAAAAGCUGAAGAAGGAGCAGGAAGCUCUCAAGAAGGCCGAAAAGGGCAAGCUGAGCCACCUGGAGAUGUUCCGCACCAACGAGUUCAGCGCCUGGGAUGAGGAAGGUGUUCCUACCCGUGACGCCGCUGGCGAGGAGAUCACCAAGAGCCGCGCAAAGAAGCUUCGCAAGGACUGGGAGCGCCAGAAGAAGACGCACGAGGCGUGGUUGGCCACCCAGGCCAAAUAG